AUUGCAAUAUCCUCUCCUGUCACAUUCGAGUGGCCGCCAUGGAAGCCAUCGCAGGACUUAGUCUUGCUGCCAACAUCGUACAGCUUAUAGACUUCACUGCGAAAAUCUUAUCGACUGGAAACCAAAUUCGCCAGUCAGGUUCUACCGUACAGAACGCAGAAUUAGAACGGGUGGUUGAAGACUUCACGGCACUGAAAGAACGCAUGACAUUAUGGGCUCGUCCUAAUCCGGCCAGCUCGGGCCCAUUGGCCCAGGACAGCCAAGUACUCGAGGAUCUGGCUGCUGAGUGCACGAAGAUUGCUCAAGAACUCAUCGCCGAACUCGAGUCGUUGCGAUGUUCCAAAGACGCGGCCACAUACAAAACGAUUCUCAGCGCCCUAAAAACAUCCUGGAACGCGAAAAAGGUCGAGGAUCUCAAGUCUAGACUUCAGACGAUGCGUGAUGAGCUCCAAUUUAGAAUUCUGGUGUCCAUCAGGGACGAUCAAUUGCAAGGUUUAGAUGAAACGAGUCGGACGGCGAUGCUGAGCAUAGUGGAAAGUAACAAACAACUUGGCACGACAAUAACUUCACAAACCGACAAGAUCAUACAACAGCAAGAGAUCGACAGCUCUUUGGCAUCGACACGUCACAACGAGGUCUUACACGCCAUCACCAAACAAAGAUUAGAAAAGUACAGCAUAAAGGAUGUUUCGCGCGCAAUCACGAAUAAGCUAUACUUUGCACGGAAAGACGAUAGAUAUGACGACAUUGUCGCUGCUCAUAAAGACACCUUUGACUGGGCACUGAAGAGCCGCGCAAAUGAUUCCAUAACCUGGCCAAGCCUCACAGACUGGCUUCGGCAGGAGGGUGGCGUGUAUUGGAUUAGCGGGAAGGCCGGAUCUGGGAAAUCAACGUUGAUGAAGUAUCUACAUCAAGAUCCUCGAUUUUUGGAGUCGCUAGAAACCUGGGCUGGGGGAGAUCAUCUGGUAAUUGCCGACUUCUACUUUUGGAAUGCGGGUGCCGAGAUCCAGAAAUCCCAGGAAGGCCUCCUGCGUUCGCUGCUUAGGCAAGUGCUCGAUCAGAACAUUUCCUUAGCCUCUACACUAUUUGCGGAGCAGUAUCUCCUCGAUGCUGAAUGGGACGAAUUCCCAACAUUCCACCAGCUUCGGUGA